AUGGUUAAGAUAACUACUGCAGCUACUGCCGUCGCGCUAGCGACAAGUGCCGCCGCUACUUCUGCGACCACCACUUUAUCUCCAUAUGACGAAAGAGUUAAUUUGGUUGAAUUGGCUGUUUAUGUCUCCGAUAUCAGGGCCCAUCUAGCCGACUACUACGCUUUCCAAGGAUCGCACCCAACUGAAACAUACCCCCCAGAAAUUGCCAGCGCUGUUUUCAAUUACGGUGAAUUCACUACCAUGUUGACCGGUAUUUCAGGAGACGAAGUCACUAGAAUGAUCACUGGUGUCCCAUGGUACUCUACCAGAUUAAAGGCUGCCAUUGCUCAAGCGCUUUCGGACGACGGUAUUGACACUGCUUUACCAACAUCUACCUCAACUUCCGCUGAAACUACUGCCUCUUCUGCUGAAACUACUGCCUCUUCUGCUGAAACUACUACCUCUUCUGCUGAAGUCACUUCAUCCAAUGACGCUGUUACCUCAGCUUCAGGUUCCGUCGUUAAUCCUACUUCUUCUGCUGCUUCUUCCCCAGCUUCUGCUGCUUCUGUGGCUUCUUCUGCCUCGAUCUCUUCAGUUAUUACUAGAAAUGGCAAUGAAACUUCCAGUAGUGCUUUCAACAGUAAAAUCACAUCCGUUGUAUAUGGUAAUAAUGCAACUUUGACAGCCACUAAAGUCUCGACUGAUGACGCUACCAUUACUAGCUGCAAGGGUGGUUGCACUAAAGAAGACACCACUUCAACCAAAACUCAACUUUCCACCGUUAAGACCACUGUGACGAGUUGUUCAGCCGGUGUCUGCUCCACUUUGACCGCUCCAAUCACUACCGCCACUUCAUCAGCUUCUCAUGCUAUUGAAAUUAACACGAACGGUGCUCAUAAGUUCGGGAAUGGAGGCGUUUUGGGUGCUGCUAUCAUUGCUGGUGCCGCUGCUUUAUUAUAA